AUGGACGAGAAGACGGAAGACAAGCAUGAGAAGCAGCAGAAGCAGCCGCAGAGCCCAGACAAGCCCUCUUCUGGCUCUACGUCAAUGGCAGACAGGAUACAGUCCUCCGCUGCAGGGCUGCUGAAAUCAGCCAUUACACCCUCUGCUUCGACGCCAGCGGGCUUCUACGCCUUUGCAAGGGACGUGUCUUCUUCGCUGGCGGGCGUUUCUAGCUCUGAAAAGGCCGGUGGUGGUGCUUCUUCUUCUUCUUCUUCGGCAGCCAGACCAGGAGCAGCUGUAGAGGGCGGGAUAUACCAUGGCUCAUCAUCUACGCAGCCAGGCUCGGCUCUUCGGUCACUGCCUUCUCAGGGGAUACAGUCGAGCUUGAUAGACCAGGAGAGGGAGUUUCAGCAGGGAAGCUUGCCUGUUGAUGAUGAUGGUACCGGCUAUAUAUCUACAUCUACUGCUAGCUCCAAGGGGAAAGGCAGGGAAGUACAUAUGGGAGACGAGCAGUUCGAUUCUGCUUGGAAAUCUGCUUCUACCAAUGCUACUCCCUCUGCAGUCACCGAACAAGAGCGGAGAGACGGCCAGGCUGUUUCGGAUUUGCUGUCGUCUGCCACCUUCGACCCGUCGUCUCUACCGGAUACGGGCCCAGACGACCUACAGCCAGAACCAGAGCCAGACAUGAGCUUUCUUACGACAAACCAGCACGGAGAGCAACAACAUGAUAUAUCCUCUACAUCGCUAAUACCGGACAUCGACUUUGUUCUCUCUUCCUUACGUGGUAUUUCACCGCAGUCUCGGGUAGAGCAUCUGCGUGACUUGCCCGGUGUAGCGGAGUGGCUGGACCUGGACCGGGAGUACCAAGAUGUGGUAUGGGGUUCUCUCAAGCCUGCUGUGGAAGAGGCGAGGCAGGAGGUGCAGGAGAAGCUUGAAAGGGGGGAACAAGGGGCUGCAGUUGGCGACGGGCCGGCUGUGGCACGCCUGAGGAUGGUGUUGGCGCAUUUAAAGGAGAAGAAGAGCAUAUAA